GAUUUGCGAAGAAAAUAAAAUAGAAGAUGAGAAAUCUCUAUCUAUAUCAUCAAAUCAAAAUGUCGAUUAAGACACGCUUCUUCUUUCGUAUCUGAGUUCUCACUUUCAGCCGUUCUUCACUCGAGAGUGAUGCAAGUUUCUAUGAAGAACAGGAUCGUCACCGAUCACUGGGCUUAUCUUGUAAGCAACACUCUCUUCUCCUUUCUUCUUACUUUCAUUUUCAUCGAUUUUCUGUAUUAUACAUUUUUAGGUUUUUUUUUGUUGCUUAUUCAGUUUCUUGAUAAUUGUUUGUUUUCGCGUUCUUUUUGGUUCUACGGUGCAAAAACUAUUCUGAUGCGAAAAUUGCUUAUUAUUUUCAUUUUUAUUCAUUCUGCGUUACACAUUUGUUAGAUUUUGGACUAUGCAGAUUCUUGGAAGUUAUUUGUUACAAAUUUGUGGAAGUAAUAAUGGAACAACGAAAAUCUAGGCAAAAUGCUUCUACUGCGAUACGUGAACAUUUUGAUGCACCUAUGUGGGCAGAUUUGACUCUUGAAGCUAACUCUCCUUAUGAAUAUAAUAUAACUGAUGAUGACUGGUUCACCAAAAAUCACUUGUUCCACCAGUUGUCUGCUCGCAAGUUAAAAUCAAAAUUCUCUCACUCUGUUGAGGAUGCAGUUAUGUUACAGGGAUUUGCUUCGCCGGGACUUCCUUCUUCGGUCUCGAAAUCAAGAGGAAAACACUACAACUGUAAGACCAAGUGGGGGAAAGGUAUUAAUCUAAAUGCUUUGUUGGAUAAACAGGAGGGUUUAAGCAGAAGGGGAUGCUUCAAACAAGGUGCCGACAUUGAUUAUCAAGUGAAGCCCAAAUCAACAAUAAGUGUUGGCAAGCCGAUAUCAGGGUUGACUUUUGAACACAAUGCCAGGGGAAAAACUAUGUCCAAAGUCAGUUGCGGUAAUCUAGUGGGAAGUUCAAGUUCUAUGGAUAAAAAGAAUUAUGAAAGGCCGACAAGAACAAUGCUUGCAUCUGAGAACAUGAUUCAAAAGAAGGAUUAUAAGGAGCAUAAGAAGGUAUCAUAUGAUGAGAAAAGAAAAAGUUCUUCAAACAAUAGUUUUGGGAAAAGUGUGGUUACAGAAGCUUCAAGAGUUUGGGACCAGCAUAAAUAUAUGGAGGUGUCUAAUAAACCAUGUGAUCAGAAAAGUGGAAGUUCAUCUGUGAAUAGUAUUAGUCUUAGGAAAAGUUACGCAACACAGAAAGUCUCAAAAGUGGAGAUGGAUGUUGAUAACAUGAAAUCAAGAGGUCGUAAAUCAUCUUCUGGGAAGUCUAGUGUUGGGUCAUGUUCAAAUCCUAGUUAUGAAGUUAAGUUUGUUUCAAAGGAGCAGAGGAAGAAAAUCACAAAUACAAAAGAUGUGGUCACAACGAAUCCUGCAGAUAAGAAUAGAUGCAACCUUGGAAACAAAUUCAAGACAUCUUCCAUUACAGCUGAAGGAAAAGGAAAAGGAAUCAUACUAGGAAAUAACAUCAAUGUUGCAAAGUCAUUGAUCAAAAGUCAGUCUGUACGUUCAUGUACUAAGUUACCAGGCAAAGUCAACAAAGCCAACUUUUGUACUGCUGCUAAGGAGAUGCUUCACAAGGGGAAAGAGAAUGCUACCAUGAAAUUGACAGUGAAUAAACAUUGCAAUGAAAAAGGUGUUCUUGCAAGGGGCAUUUUAAAAAGUCCGAAAAGUAAAGAACAUAAUCGACAGCAUAGGGAUGGUAAAGCAGGAUCAGCGGCUUUGACAAUACUGGGAAAAGUGAAUGGUCAACGUGAGGCAAAGAACCCAGUUAAGCAAGAGAAAUCAGUUAAUCCACCAGCCAGAAGGAUUUACCUGCGAUAAUGAAGUAUAUAGCAAUGUUUUGUUUUUGAGGGUUACACAAGUAGCCAGAUCUCAGAACUCAUUGAAGCUUUUAGUUUUUUGGUUUGUGCUACUAACUCUUGUAUAUAGCGCGUUAGUGGGUCUAGCUAGUAUGGUUAUGACCCCAACCUGCAAUAUUCGGUCAUACAUUUAGUUUCUGUUUCUCUUGUAAAAUACCAAACCUUAAAUUCUUUUUGUAAUACCUUUCAUGCAAUUCACUUGAUCCUAUUUUACAAACGUUCAUAAUAUACAUUACUGUUAACCCGCAAA